AUGGAGUUGUCACUCAAGCAAGUGCCUGAUCAUCUUUCUAGCAGGAGAACGAUCAUGGAGGUGGUGCCAGCUGAGGUGAAUAGCUUGCUUCCAGAGGAGAUAAUGGACACUGGUAUAACUUUAGUGGAUGAUGAUAGUAUUGAGGCUGUUAUUGUUUCAUCCCCAAUUCCCAUGGAGACAGAACUGGAAGAAAUUGUCAACAUAAAUUCUACUGGUGACUCUACAGCCACGCCCAUUUCCACGGAACCAAUCACAGUGUACAGUAACCACACUAACCAAGUUGCAGUGAAUACCACAAUUACUAAAGCAGAUUCUAAUACCACAGUGAAACCAGCUUUUCCAAGUGGCCUUCAAAAACUUGGUGCUCAGACUCCUGUGACUAUAUCUGCCAAUCAGAUUAUUUUAAACAAAGUAUCACAGACAUCUGAUCUUAAACUUGGCAAUCAGACCCUUAAACCAGAUGGACAGAAGUUAAUUUUAACAACUUUGGGCAAGUCUGGUUCACCAAUUGUUUUAGCACUACCCCAUAGCCAACUACCCCAGGCUCAGAAAGUUACAACUCAGGCCCAGUCAGGAGAUGCUAAGUUACCACCGCAGCAAAUUAAAGUAGUUACCAUUGGAGGGAGGCCAGAGGUGAAACCUGUCAUUGGUGUCUCAGCAUUGACCCCAGGAAAUCAACUGAUUAAUACUACAACUCAGCCCUCUGUGUUACAGACCCAACAGUUAAAAACAGUACAGAUUGCUAAGAAGCCUCGAACACCAACCUCUGGUCCAGUAAUCACGAAGCUGAUCUUUGCAAAACCAAUUAAUAGUAAAGCAGUUACAGGACAGACAACUCAAGUAUCACCACCAGUCAUUGCAGGUAGGGUUCUUUCACAGUCUACUCCUGGGACUCCAUCAAAGACCAUAACAAUAACUGAAAGUGGUGUUAUUGGAUCAACUUUGAAUUCUACAACACAGACACCAAAUAAAAUAGCCAUCUCACCUUUGAAAUCGCCAAAUAAGGCAGUGAAAUCAGCUGUGCAGACCAUCACUGUUGGAGGUGUGGGCACAUCACAGUUUAAGACAAUUAUUCCUCUGGCAACUGCUCCAAAUGUCCAGCAGAUCCAAGUGCCUGGAAGCAAGUUUCACUAUGUCCGACUUGUUACUGCCACAACGGCCAGUAGCUCAACCCAGCCAGUUAGUCAGAAUCCUAGUACAAACACUCAGCCUCUUCAGCAAGCAAAGCCCGUGGUUAGCACCACUCCAGUGCGGAUGUCAGUUCCACUUACACAGACUGUCAAACAAGUUGUUCCAAAACCAAUUAAUCCAACUUCACAAAUCGUUACUACUAGCCAGCCACAGCAACGGCUCAUCAUGCCUGCCACCCCACUGCCACAGAUCCAGCCAAACCUCACUAACCUGCCGCCAGGCACGGUGCUGGCACCGGCUCCAGGGACAGGGAAUGUGGGUUAUGCAGUGCUUCCAGCUCAGUAUGUCACUCAGCUACAGCAGUCUUCGUACGUGUCUAUAGCAAGCAACUCUAACUUUACUGGUACAUCAGGUGUCCAGACCCAGGCAAGGCUUCCAUUCAAUGGUAUAAUCCCAUCAGAGUCUGCAAGUCGACCCAGAAAGCCCUGUAAUUGUACAAAAUCGCUGUGUUUGAAAUUAUAUUGUGAUUGCUUUGCAAAUGGUGAAUUUUGCAACAACUGCAAUUGUACUAAUUGUUAUAAUAAUUUGGAACAUGAAAAUGAAAGACAAAAGGCAAUAAAGGCAUGCCUUGACAGAAAUCCAGAAGCUUUUAAGCCUAAAAUAGGAAAAGGAAAGGAGGGAGAAUCAGAUCGACGUCACAGCAAAGGAUGUAAUUGCAAACGCUCAGGAUGUCUUAAAAACUACUGUGAAUGCUAUGAGGCAAAAAUAAUGUGUUCCUCAAUAUGCAAAUGUAUUGGCUGUAAGAAUUUUGAAGAAAGCCCAGAAAGAAAGACAUUGAUGCACUUGGCAGAUGCAGCUGAAGUAAGGGUACAGCAACAAACAGCGGCGAAGACUAAGUUAUCCUCUCAAAUUUCAGACUUGCUUACGAGGCCAGCACCAGCUUUGAGUAGCGGAGGAGGAAAAUUGCCAUUUACAUUUGUAACCAAGGAAGUAGCUGAAGCCACGUGUAAUUGCCUUCUUGCCCAGGCUGAGCAGGCAGACAAGAAGGGAAAAUCAAAGGCAGCAGCUGAACGGAUGAUACUUGAAGAAUUCGGACGAUGUUUGAUGAGCGUUAUCAACUCUGCAGGAAAAGCAAAAAGUGACCCUUGUGCUAUGAAUUGCUAA